AUGUUACAACUCACCCCCACUCACUGUGUCAACGUCCUCGUUGCGCACCUGGAUCAUCACCCCCUGACGACAGAUGGUCAGUCAGAGAGGACUAUUCAGACCUUGGAGGAUUUGCUGAGGAUGUGUGUGUUGGAUUGGGGUGGCCAUUGGGCAGAUCACCUGAGCUUAGUUGAGUUUGCAUACAACAACAGCUUUCAGGCGAGUAUUGGCAUGGCUCCAUUUGAGGCUUUGUAUGGGAGGCCAUGUAGGACACCCCUAUGCUGGACCCAAGUGGGGGAGCGCAGCAUGUAUGGAGCUACUUAUGUUCAGGAGACGACAGAGAAGGUUCGUGUUGUGAGGCUGAACAUGAAGGAGGCUCAGGAUAGGCAGAAGAGUUAUGCAGAUAGACGCAGACGAGAGCUUGAGUUUCAGGUGGGAGAUAGAGUUUAUCUCAAGAUGGCUAUGUUGAGGGGUCCUAACAGAUCCAUAGCAGAGAACAAGCUGAGUCCGCGUUUUAUGGGUCCGUUUCCAGUAGUGGAGCGAGUUGGGCCAUUGGCUUACAGGCUGGAGUUGCCUGAGAUUAUGAAAGCCUUUCACAAGGUUUUUCAUGUGUCGAUGCUGAGGAAGUGUCUUCACCCUACAGAGGAGUUAGUGGCUAGGAUUCCAGAGGAUCUUCAGCCAGAUUUGACAGUGCCGGCAGUGCCUGUGAGGAUUUUAGAGAGGAGGGAAAAGGUUCUGAGGAACAAGAGGAUUCCCUUACUGAGGAUUUUGUGGGAUUGCAGUGGUUCUACAGAGGAGACUUGGGAGCCAGAGGCAAAGAUGAAGUUGAAGUUCAGGAAGUGGUUCGACAAGCAGGUCGAGGAGUGA